AUGCGCGUCUCCCCGGGGCUCUCCUCUUUCGCCGCGGACACGGCGCGCGUGGCGGAGUCGCUGCGGCCUCUGAUGGAAUUUGCCAAGGAGAAGGUAGGUGGCGAGGGGGCCGCCGCGGCAACAGAAGUGCGGCUGAUGGCAACCGUCGGCCUGCGGCUACUCGAGGAGAGCGUCCGGGAGGCGAUAUUGGUGUCCUGCAGGAACGCUCUCAGGGCCUCCGGGUUCCGGUUCGAGGACUCAUGGGCCAAGGUGAUCCCAGGUACUACUGUCGGUUUCUUCACCUUACUAAGAAAAUGAAUUGCAAAAACCAGUAAGCCUCCAGCAACAUGUUCAUUUCUUACUGGUUGAUAACAUCAACAAACUGAGCAAAUCAUGGGGCAUGGAGAACAUUGAUUGAGUGAUACAAAUACUGCAGUAGUUUUUCAGGAUGUGCUCCCGUAAACCCAGUAAGCCUCCAGCAACAUGUUCAUUUCUUACUGGUUGAUAACAUCAACAAACUGAGCAAAUCAUGGGGCAUGGAGAACAUUGAUUGAGUGAUACAAAUACUGCAGUAGUUUUUCAGGAUGUGCUCCCGUAACCCCCCCCCCUUCAUUCUUCUGGCACGGAAAGACGAGCGGCAACAGACUGGUCGCAGACCCGCUGUUAGCGUAAUGGACGAGGGGAAUGGUAGGACCAUGGGUGGAGCACGUAGA